AUGCUAGCUCAGUAGGUUAGGGAGUGGUUCACAUUUGCAGUCUUGAUCAUGAUGAAGUUACUUGUGAUAGUUGUAUCUCUUUUCUUUAGGUUUGCUGCUUCUCAACAUUGUCCUCUACCAACUAUAGCAGAGAUAGAGACUGUUUUGCCUCCUUUACUAAUCAUUUCUGAUGGUGAUCAGUCUUACUCUCCUAAUGUAACUGAGGGAUCAGUUCAAUAUGUCUGUCUAGCUCAAGGGGACACUAUCAAUACUUAUGAAGCCAUAGCUCUUAUAGCUAACUUUACUCGUAACCCAGGAGAAUCUGAACGAACUAGGAUACUUGAUAUGGAGUGUAGCAGUGGUACAUGGACUGGAAGGACUGGUAGUUUAGAUCCUCCUCCUGCUAGUGUUGUUGGUGUUCCUCCAAGAACUAAUUGUUAUCGGUGCCGGGAAGGUUUUGGUGGAGAUACUAGAUGUAGAGAAUGUGACAGUGCUUGCAAUACUGGAUUAGAAAGAUGUACUGGAUCAGGAUCUGGUGAUUGCUGUCUUGUAUUCUUACCUAAUGGAGACUGUAGUGAUGAUUGCUCAUCCUCUGGUGUGGGUUAUGUAGCUAGUGAAGACACUGAUUAUAAAUGCAUUUGUAAUUUAACCUGUGCUCUUGGUCAUUCACCAAACAGCAACUGCACUGAAUGUAUAUUUAAUGAUAUUUGUGAUAUUAGCAAUCCUUGUUUGAAUGGAGGAGAGUGUACAUCAUUUAGUGGCAUGAACAAUUAUACAUGUAACUGUACAGGAACUGGAUAUCAAGGGAUUAACUGCUCAGAUAUAAUGUAUUCAACAUCUUCAAUACAAGGAAUGCCUCAACCUUCAUCAGUUACAUUAACUAGACCA